AUGAAUCAUCAAGAAUCCAUUGCUCUUACUGAGAUCGAUCUCAAUAUUCCCCAAAAUCAAGUCAAAGAUGUUAUCGAAGAUGAUGAAGUGAUCAAAACAACAGAAAUUAUUACAGAAAUUGAUUCUACGUUACCAGUUGAUUUUACUGAAGGUUCAUUUUUCGAAAAUUUUAAACUAAAAUUAGCCGGUGAUAAACAUACAAAUUCUUCAAAAGGUCAAUAUGUUACAAUUCCUUACUUCAUAGAAUUUGAUAGCAAGGCCAAUGAUGCUCCAUGUUCAUUUAAAAUAGUAUGUACAAGAUUAACAACUAGUGAUGAAUUACUUCAGAUUUUCGAAUCAGAUAUUGAACCUAAAACUUAUAGAAUAAAUGAAUAUAAGUCUAAGAAUUGGCUAUUUUCCUCACCAAAUAUAACAGAUAAUAGACCAUUUGAGACAAAUAUUCAAAAUUUGAAGAAAAAAUUUAAUAUUGAAUUUUCUAAAGCCGAACCUAAUUGUGGUUCAUGUAUUGGUGAAAGAGAAGAUGUUUUAUAUGUGAAAACUUUGAUGUCAAGUAAUGAAUAUUUACAUAUAGUUAAAGUUAUUGAUCAAUGGCCGAGAAAGAAAACUCCAGUUUCAAAGUUCUUGAAGAAAGAUAUUGAAAUUGAAAAUAAGAUUCGUUUAACAGAUCAAAGAAAUGAUACUAUCCCAAAACAUCAUGGGAACAGAUUAUCGAAAAAAGUUACAUUAAUGGAAUAUAGAAUCCCAUCUAGGGAUGAAUUAGUAACUAAAGAUACAUCAGAAGAUGUUCUUUUGAUUAUUGCUCAAACUGAUGAAACAACAUUUGGCGAUGUCUUGAAUGAAGUUAUGUUACAAAAAUUUAACAUUUUAGAGAAUUCAAAUUAUGAUAAUGAAAAUCAUAAAAAUUAUUCAGAUUGUACAAAGUUAUAUAUUGGUGAUAUUAAGUAUAUUAAAAUUAGAGAGUCUCAACAAGCCAUAUAUGAUGAAAAAUUUUCAAUUCAAAAAUAUAAUAGAACUCAAUUAUUUAAAAGAAACAUUGAAAAUCCAAUUAAGGAACCAAUACCUUUAGGAAUUGGUGGAUUGAAAAAAUCUUUACAAUCAUAUGACAAGAUUAAUAGAGCUCUUGACUACAAUCCUCGAUUUGAAUUGUUUCAUUCUUUAGAUUAUGGAUAUGAUUCAAGAUUUAUAACAUAUUCAACAAGAAAUUUAACUGUUGAUUUAAUGAAUAAAUUAUUAAUGAAACGUCCCACUGUUAAAACCACUGGAGAAUUGGAUACUUAUCAAUUUGAUUCUUUUGAUGGAAGAUUAGUUUCAACAAGUUUCAUGAUUGAUCCCAAAUUUCAUAUUGAUACCAUUAUAGAGGCUUAUGAUCGUUAUAUGAAAUUUCUAGAUAAAUAUCAGUGUAAAUCAUGUGGUUUAUCAUUAAAUCAUUCACUUGAUAUAAAUAAUAAAGAGCAAUCACAAGAAUAUAAACAAUUUUUAACUGAUUUUGAAGUCAUUCAUAAUCAUGUUAUUACAAUAUCUCCACAAUAUGUUUCAAAUAUGCUUUAUCCAAAUUUUAAUUCAUUCUUGAAUUCAAUUACUUCAGGACAAGGAGUUUAUAAUGCAAUUCCUGAUGAACCACAAUAUCUACAUCUUAUUGAAUUAACAAAAGAUCAUUCAAGUAAUAAUGGUAUGAAGGAUAUGAUUUUAAUCGUUUCACCUUCUGAAGAAUUGGAUUUAACAGGAUAUUUAUUAACUGUUAAAGAACAAUUAUUAGUUGAUAAUGCAAUGGAUCAAUACUCUAUUACUGAGGACGUAAUUAGAAAUGUUAAACCUAUUAAUAUUAAAGCUGAUUUACAUGUUGAUGCUAGUGAAUUAUUUGAGCAAGAGAUUUAUUCAAUGUGUAAUCCUUCUAAUGGUUCUAAUUAA